AAGCUCAAAAUUGAACUAGUCGUUGAUUGAAUUUGUGUAGAGUUACAUAUGAUAAAUAUUUCACGAUCAUGAUUUUCCAGGCGGUUUUAAUAUUUUUUAUUUUACAAGUUGGCCAGGAGCUAAUUUUAGCUGAUGAUUUUCUCGAUCGAAAUGAUUUUGAAAAUUUUAUCCAGAAAAAAAAUGAAAAUAAAGUUGAGUCACCAACUAAUUCUAUGGAACAAGUGAUUCCAAGAAUUGAAAUGGUUAUGGAAAACUAUUCAAAUAAAAUAGUAACUCAUGUUGAUAAAUCUUUCGAAGCAGAAUUGAAAUCGAUGAUAAAAGACUUGAAAAUUUUUUCCAAUAAAUCUUUUAAUAGUACCACGGAAUAUUUGAAAAAAUUAAUCAAACGGGAAGUUGAAUCGGUAAAGAUAAUUGUGAAAACUGUUUAUCGGGUGUUAGAGGCCGAAAAAGAAAAUUUCCAGGAUGAAAUUACUCGGGGCUUAAGAAAUAUGUCUCGAGCUAAAGUAGAAAUAGUUAAAAAUAUUUUAAAAGAUGAACUAGAUCAGUCUGCACGAGCUGAAUUGAAUGAAUUGAAAAUUAGUGUUAAAGAUGAAUUGAAAAAAUUUGCGAGAACUGAACUUGAUUAUUUCAAGAAAAAUUUGAAAAAUGAAAUUGUAGAAUCAUCUAAAAAUGAUGUGAGUUCACUAAAAACAUUUAUUAUCACUCAAUUGUCUUUGCUGAAAAGCGCGAUGGAAAAUUCUUACAUCCGAAAUUCGAAAAAGUCAACUUGUGAGUUAACUAAAUCAGCCAUUGAGACAAUAAAAAAUAUGACGGAAAAAUCAGAUAGUCCAAUUGAUGAUGAUUCAAAUCUUGAACAACAUAUGAGUAAAUUAGAGGAUAAAUUUGAAAGAGUAUUAUUAAGGCUUGAAUUUAAAAACUCAACUUGUAAAUUUGAUGAUCAAACAAAAUCAACUUUUGAAUCAUUGAAAAGUGUUUCAGAAAAGUUAAAUCAUCCUGAUCAUAAUAAUAAUAAUAAUAAUAAUAAUAAUAAUAAUGAAGUUUGUCAAAAGUUUGAAAAACUAGGUGACGAAUUAUCGAAAAAUCUAACAAUCGGACUUAAUAGAGUUAAUAUAAAACUAAGUUCGAUGAAAAAAUCAGUAUCUGGAAAAGUAAUAGCAAGUUCAAAGAGUAUAGAAAGUACAGUACGAGACGCAUUGACUGGCGAAUUGGAUAAGUUUUCAAAAACACAACUAAAAGCUACGAAAACAGCAAUAAAUGAUACGCUGGCAGGUAUUUUGGAAACUGAAUUGGAAUCGCUAAAAAGUACAUUUAAGAAUCAAUUGAAAGAACAAGUUGGUAUUUUUAAAGAUAAAUUUAACGAGUUGGUGAUUAAACCCGAAACUUUGGCUACUCAACUUUCUAUUGAAUCUUUGAACAGUACAAUUAAUCAAAUUCAGAAUAAACUGUCUAAAGAGCUUGAUAAAAGUACAAAUGAUAUUUUAAAUGCUAUUAAUAAAACAUUAACUGGUUACGUUAAAAAUGAUACAUUAAUAAUAACAAGUAAAGAAGGCAAAAGUGAUGAAAAAAUAAAAACUGACGGAGAUAUUCUAGCGACGACUCCUAAAGAUGAUUCUAUAGGAUUAAAUAAAACUUUGCCUAUUGAAAAAGAAGAAAUUGCUAAAGAAGGGACAAAAGGCUCUAGUAAAACAGAAAGUGGUGAUUCUGAUGGAGGUGUCAGUGUUUAUACUUCAACAGAAAAAACUGAUAAAGAUGGAGAAGAAACUCCUGUUGAAGAUGUUGAUGUUUCUUCUACAACAGAAGAAACUGUUGAAGAUGGAGAAGAAACUCCUGUUGAAGAUGUUGAUGUUUCUUCUACAACAGAAGAAACUGUUGAAGAUGGAGAAGAAACUCCUGUUGAAGAUGUUGAUGUUUCUUCUGCAACAGAAGAAACUGUUGAAGGUGGAGAAGAAUAAUCUAGUGGAGUUGGAAGAACUGACUCCGACAAUGAUAGACUUUCAUUAAAUUUCCUAUUUUUUAUUUUUUUUUGUAUCUUAGUUCUAAUUCCAAAUAAAUAAUUGUAAAAUUUUAACAAAAAAAUAAUUAAUUUCAAACUUAUAUAUAUAUAUCAAUCCACAAUAAAUGAAUCGUUUAUAAC